AUGGCCGGCCACGCUAUGGAGAUCCCGGAGAUUAUCCAAUCUGCGAGCAUCAAUUCGAAUCCCGAUCCUGCUCAUGACAUCAACCCAGCCACUGCAGCUUCAGAGAAGCAACCCGUCGAUGUUGGCCCAGACUCCGAUGUUGACAGUAUUGCUUCCGAUAUCGUUGAUCCAAGCCGAGUGAUUCGACCACUCCGUCGUCGUCAUACUCUUCCUCCUCUUCCGGAUCUGCGCUUCGAGCAAAGCUACCUGGCUAGCUUGAAGGAUGCCGACACCUGGGGCCGGGUGGCAUGGAUUACCACCAGGGACCAAGUCCUCCUCCCUCUAAUCCAAGGAACUGUCUGGACUCUCGCCCUUUCAGGCUGGCGCUUCUGGAACCGCAAUGCCUCAGUCAGCGGCCACACCCUCGGCAGCCGGAUUCGCAGAUGGUGGUACGAAGUGAACAACUGGCGUCUACCGCAAAUGGGCUCGAGUAGAGACCCACGACUGGUGUCGGAUGUUGAAGAUCUAGAGAAACUGACGGACGAGGAGUUUUUGCAGUUCUACACGGCUCAGUUCUCUAACGCGGGUUCUGACUGA